GAAACCGUGGGGCUCCUCCAAAGUCCGCGUGUCCGUGUCCAAGCCGGCCGCAGCCAUGCGACCAAAAUAAAUCUUUACACCGAAGCUAUAAAUUAAAGACACUCUCUCACUCACUCUCUUCAGGAAAAUCAUUUGAAAACACUUGCACUUUGAUCAGUUACUCACUCUCAAAUGGAUAUCUUCACCCAAUACUCAGACCCCCAUCCAUUCGGGUCUCCGGCUGAGAACCCGGAGAGCGCUUCUUCCUUGUCCGACGCCGGCACCUCCGCUCGCCGACCCAGUAACCACUCGGACGAAGAAGUUGUGUUGGCUUCCAGCUUGCCCAAGAGGCGCGCGGGGAGGAAGAAAUUCAAGGAGACAAGGCACCCGGUGUAUCGCGGGGUUAGGAAGAGGAACAACAACAAGUGGGUUUCUGAAGUGCGGAAGCCCAAUGAGAAGACCAGGAUAUGGCUUGGGACCUACCCGAGUGCUGAGAUGGCAGCGCGGGCGCAUGACGUGGCGGCUUUGGCGCUUAGAGGAACCUCUGCUUGUCUUAACUUCGCCGACUCGGCUUGUAGUUUGCGUAUGCCGGCUUCAACGGAUGCCGGAGAGAUAAGGAGGGCUGCGGCGGAGGCUGCGGAGGGCUUCCGACCGAGUCAUGAUGAUGAUCAACUUGUUGAGGAGAAUUGCGGAGAGAUAGUUUUGGAUCAUCAUGAUCACCAAGAAAGUGUGAUGUAUAUGGAUGAGGAAGCUGUGUUUGACAUGCCUGGCUUGCUGGUGAAUAUGGCUGAAGGGCUUCUUCUUUCUCCUCCUCCCUUUGUAGAUAAGGAUGACAUGGAAAGCAAUGCUCAUGAAGUUUCUUUAUGGAGUUUCUCAGUCUAA